GUGAUGCGCUGGAGGACUUGAAGCAAGCAUGGCGGCCCGCCUUUUGCAGCCCGUCGCUGCUCGAGUGAAACUCUGUUCAGAUCUCGCCAAGGACCUGCGGGGUUGGAUCGCGGCGUCCCAGCAUCAAGUUCUCAGCACCGAGUCUUCUGUGAGAGGCCCGGAGGCGCACCUGCACACUCGUUGCGGCGAUGAAAGAGAUGCACAGUGCAGCUAUGAAAUGCCUACCCCAAAUCGAGACUCAGGUUCUGGCCGGCAGGAUGGGUGGCACAGAGCGACCAGUGGCCUUGGGGGCCAGUGGCGCCACUGUUCCACCAGCGGAAGGGCUUUUGGCGCUCCAGGGGGCGUGCGACACUUUCAUGCCACGGGAACUGGUGUAAAGCUUGCGCCAAAAAAGGACUUUUACGAGGUCCUAGGAGUGAAGAAGGGGGCAUCAACGAGCGAGCUGAAGAAAGCCUAUCAUAAGCUUGCGAAGCAGUUUCAUCCGGACAUCAACAAGGACGACCCGUCCGCCAGCAAAAAGUUCCAAGAGGUUCAGCAGGCCUACGAUGUCCUGAAAGACGAUGAGAAGCGCAACAUGUACGAUCAGCUGGGGCCGGACGGGUUUCAGCAGGCUGAGUCUGGGGGCAUGCCAGGUGGCGGCUUCCAGGGGGGACCAGGCAUGGGGGGAUUUGACAUGGGCGGCUUUGGCUUCGACUUCAGGCAGGGCGGAGGAGGGGGCUUUGAGGAUCUCUUUGGAAAUAUGUUCAACAUGGGGGGACGAGGGCAGCGGGGGCCGAUUAUGGGGCCGACUGUCCAGGUGCAAAUAACGCUCGACUUUAUGGAUGCAGUGAAAGGGACGGAAAGAGACAUCUCGUACGAAGCGCCAGCGCGAUGCAGGACCUGCAGCGGCACAGGUCUUCCGCCGGGAGAGAAGCCGGUUACGUGUAAAGACUGUAAAGGAUCCGGCCGGAUUCAGCAAGGGGGUCGCGGUGUCAUGAUGGAGUAUCUCUGCCCCACGUGUCAAGGCACCGGCACGAUCGUCAAGAAUCAUUGCCGGACCUGCGCUGGGGAAGGGGUCGAGUUACAGGUGAAGCGCACCAGAAUCAAGAUUCCUGCAGGCAUCGACACUGGCCAGGAGAUGAAGCUGGUGGGGCAGGGGGGUGAAGCGCCCGGGAAAGCACCCCCCGGGGACCUGGUCGUGAUAGUGGCGGUGAUGGAGCACCCGGUGUUUAAAAGGCAGGGCUACGACAUCCACGUGGAGGCCAGCGUCAGCAUGACGCAGGCCGCCCUGGGGGCUAAGGUCCGAGUGCCCACGUUGACUGGCGACGUCCUGCUGAAGGUCCCAGAGGGGACCGAAGCCGGCGACCAAACAGUAAUGAGAGGGAAAGGUAUCAAGCACAUUCGCCAGGAUCGGUAUGGUAACGAGUUCGUGCAUUUCCACGUGGUCACGCCAAAGAAGCUCACGAGCCGGCAGCGGCAGCUGCUGGAAGACCUUUCGAAGGAGUUCGGGGAACGAGAAGGGGACCAUCAAAGCGAGGAGAGGGCAGCAAGCGGCUAGGGCUGGAGCGCGCUCAAGGAACUUAAGCAGGCUGGGGUGCCUGCAUGUCUGCCCGAGAUCAAGGGCGCAUGUGCUACUACUGUAACUGCAGCCAGACUUUCACUGUCAUACAUGCGCUAUUCCUCUCCAUGGCCAACCAAAUGAAGGUUGGUUAACACUGUAGUAAGCGCAAAUUUCAUUGAGCUUAUAGCAUGCGCAGAAUAACAAAAUCUGUGAAUUGCAUUAGUUGUACGUUUUCCGCUAUAUGUGGCAAACUUAAUCAGAAGCUGCUGCAGUCGGUGACAUUACCUCAAGUCCUGGACUAUGUAUAUAGAUUGCCUGCGGAUCGAG